GCUUUAUUCCGCGCUAGUGUAUGCUCCUAUUCUGUACAUAUUCUUCGCGAGAGUGAAUACAGUGCAUUAUGGUAUGAUGGUAAGUCCCCUUUGUUUUGAUUUCAUUCCCUCUACUCGAAAUCAUUAAUGCCUAAACGGCAUGUGAAGUUGUUUUGUUAUUUACCUAGCAGACCGACAUGUUGUUUGAGUUCAUUACUUCAGACAUCCUUUAUGAUUCAGAAACAUCAAUUUUAUUGUUGUGAAGUGACUUGCACCCCCGGUCAAUCACUUACAUUACCGAGGGUAGUUCGCACCAAGCAGCUAUGUACCUCCUUCUUGCUAUAUCAGCAGUUUCGGCUCGUUAUACGUAACCGUCGGCCUCGACUUUCGAGCCGUCGGCUCAACUAGCUUGAAUCGGUCGUCGGCUGGAUUCGUGGACCCGACGACUGGAAUUACGGAGACGUCGGCCCGAUUCUGAGCGGUCGGGUCACUUAACAGGCCGUCGGAUUGUUUCGUCGAGCCGUCGGCUCAUUUUUGGGCCGACUGAUCAAGUUAUUAGCUAUCACUUCAGAAUACCUUGGCUGUAGAGAUUCUAACGGGUUGCUGUUUCUUGUCUGCAGGCAGCUCCAGGACCGUCCA